UCUAGGGUUUUGUACUGUCUUUUAUACCGUCCGGCUUAGUUUUCUGUCUCAGCUCUCUUAUGCAAGCCUUUCUUGUGAUGAUAGAAAACGUGUUUACCCUCCUAUAUUUUCCCCCUCUCUUUGAUUAAAUGUUCUUCGUUCGUUUUUCAAUUUUGAGUCUCCAAUGAGUGAGUUUUCAUUAAUAAUGGCAGACGAAGUUCAGAAUGACGUGAACGAACAGGUGGCAGAUAUUGCCCCCUUUGAUCCAACUAAGAAGAAGAAGAAGAAGAAGGUUGUGCUUCAGGAUCCGGCUGAUGAGUCUGUUGACAAGUUAGCAGAGAAAACCGAAAGCUUGGCAGUUUCUGAAGGACUUGAGACUACGACCUUUUCUGGACUUAAAAAGAAGAAAAAACCAGUAGAGGCCAGCUCCUUGAAUGACGAUGGUGUAGAUGGCACGGAGGAUUUGGAUGAUCAAGCGGGGGAGAAUGAAGAACGAGAGGGGGUUGUUCUACAAUAUCGUUUUCCUUGGGAGGGAAGUGAUCGCGAUUAUGAAUAUGAGGAGCUUCUUGGACGGGUAUUCAACAUUCUUAGAGAAAAUAAUCCAGAACUUGCCGGGGAUAGGCGUAGAACAGUCAUGAGGCCUCCACAAGUUCUUCGUGAAGGCACAAAGAAAACUGUUUUUGUCAACUUCAUGGAUUUAUGUAAAACGAUGCAUCGGCAGCCAGACCAUGUCAUGGCUUUCUUAUUGGCUGAACUGGGAACCAGUGGAUCUCUUGAUGGACAGCAGAGAUUAGUUGUUAAAGGAAGGUUUGCACCAAAGAACUUUGAAGGAAUUCUGCGUCGAUAUGUCAAUGAAUAUGUGAUUUGUAUUGGGUGCAAGAGUCCAGACACUAUCCUUUCAAAGGAAAAUCGACUCUUCUUUCUCAGAUGUGAGAAGUGUGGUUCUGGACGAUCGGUUGCUCCAAUUAAAGCUGGUUUUGUUGCUCGUGUUGGGCGGAGGAACACUGGAACAUGAUUUUUACUUUGUCCUCUAUGUUGAAGCUCGUCGUUUUUGAGCAACAGAGGAUUUGGAUUGAGAUGGGAAAAAAGCGAUGAAGAAACAGAGAGUAGGUACCCUUUAUUUAUUCACUACUUGGCUUACUGAAUGUAAAGCUGCAGCCGUAUCGUAAUGCUAACUAAUGAAAUAUGUAUCGUAAUGCUAACUAAUGAAAUAUAUUGCAUUACGUGAUCCUUAAUCUCCCUUGUGUACUUGAAAAUUUGUCGUGUACUUGAAAAUUUGUCUAGUAAGACAUUGAAGGUGUCUGUCGGACCAGGUCCUAUCAAUUAUGGCAACUAAUCAGAUUUUAUAUGGGAUAUGGGAUAUCACGAGGCAGAAUGGUUUCUUUUAAGGCCAGGAAUCAUAAUGAAAAUGGUUAAGAAUGAAAUCAAUCGGCCUAGCUCAAAUUAAAUAAGAUAGGUAAAAAUUUGAAAACACCUUUUAAUUAUAAUAAAAGAUUUUUUUUCUUGGUUUAGCUCAAUUUUCUCAACAGUUAGCUUGCUAGGGGAUGUUUGGGAGUGGGGCCCACCAUGUCCUGCACUGAGCUACCUCCUCGAGUAGCACUACAGGAGGAAUACCCCAUCCACGAGAGGUAAGUAUUCACAAUGAAAACCACAUUAAGCUCUCCUUGUUUUCCUCCCUAUUUAAUUCUCUAACUUGAACGUUGGAGGAUGUCAGAGGAUGUUUGCCAGGCAUCUUACUAGUGUGCAGUCCAUUCCUAUUGGAAAACCCCAUCCGAGAACCGUCCCAUCAAACAAGUCAGCGAACCAGAUUUUGGCAUCAACAAUACUUGUUUUAUUUAAUGUUUCAUUUGAUUUGAUAAUUUUCAAAUGACUUAAAAGAUUUUACUAAACAAUGAGCACAAUGGUACAAUUAUGUUUGGUUGUCUAUUUUUAUAUUUGUUAUGGGUUUAUAUGUGACAUUAUACAUGGGCAAAACUCUGAGGGACAUGUGGGUUGAGGCCUCGAGUCCCAACCCACAAUGGCUCGGAGAAGGAGAGCCUUCCGGUCAUUGAUAACUCUCCAUAAGAGAGUAUUUUGUGGUAUAAAUUGGACAAAUUUGGUGUGUAAACGUAAGGAUCCUUGGUCAAUUAGCAAGAAAAGAGAAGCAUUUAGUGAAGUAGAUACUUAAGCUGUUUAAAAUCAUUAAUAUCCUUGAUUUGAAUAAAGUUGAUCUGAUAAUCUCAUUAUUUCGGUGU